UGCCCAUUGUAUUUAUAAUCUCUGAGGGAAGAAGAAACAAAUAGUAUUUGCUAGUCAGACAAGUGACGGGAAUGGAUUCCAAACACCAGUGUGUGAAGCUAAAUGAUGGUCACUUCAUCCCUGUAUUGGGAUUUGGCACCUAUGCACCUCCAGAGGUUCCCAGAAGUAAAGUUACAGAGGUCACAAAAUUAGCAAUAGAAGCUGGCUUCCGCCAUGUCGAUUCUGCUCAUUUAUACAAUAACGAGAAGCAAGUUGGACUGGCCAUUAGAAGCAAGAUUGCAGAUGGCAGUGUGAAGAGAGAAGACAUAUUCUACACUUCAAAGCUUUGGUGCACUUUCCAUCGACCAGAGUUGGUCCGACCGGCCUUGGAAUACUCACUGGAUGAAGCUCAGCUGGACUAUGUUGACCUCUACCUUAUCCAUUUCCCAGUGUCUCUAAAGCCAGGUGAGGACCUAAUGCCAAAAGAUGAAAAUGGAAAAGUAUUAUUCGACACAGUGGAUCUCUGUGCCACAUGGGAGGCCAUGGAGAAGUGUAAGGACGCAGGGUUGGCCAAGUCCAUCGGGGUGUCCAACUUCAACCGCAGGCAGCUGGAGAUGAUACUCAACAAGCCAGGGCUCAAGUACAAGCCCGUCUGCAACCAGGUAGAAUGUCAUCCUUACAUUAACCAGAGAAAACUGCUGGAUUUCUGCAAGUCAAAAGACAUUGUUCUGGUUGCCUACAGUGCUCUGGGGUCUCAACGACACAAACAAUGGGUGGAUCAGAACUCCCCGGUUCUCUUGGAGGACCCAGUUCUUUGUGCCUUGGCAAAAAAGCACAAGCGAUCCCCAGCCCUGAUUGCCCUGCGCUACCAGCUGCAGCGUGGGGUUGUGGUCCUGGCCAAGAGCUACAAUGAGCAGCGGAUCAGAGAGAACAUGCAGGUUUUUGAAUUCCAGUUGACUCCGGAGGACAUGAAAGCUAUAGAUAGCCUAGACAGAAAUUUACGAUAUUUUAAUGGUGCUGGUUUUGCUGGCCACCCUAAUUUUCCAUUUGCUGAUGAAUAUUAACAUGGAGAGCUUUGCCUGAUGUCUACCAGAAGCCCUGUGUGUGGGUGCUGACGCAGAGGACGUCUCUAUGCUAGUGACUAGACACGGCCCCCCUACUUAAAUCCAUCCUGCUUAGCAACUUCAAUUAACUAGACCUAAGUCCAUAGGCUAGAAAGACAAUAAAUUUUCAUCAUUUUGAAAUAA